AUGGCGGAAUUGCAGAGGUCAGAGAGCACUUUCAGGAGGCAAGGAUCUUCCGGUUUGAUUUGGGACGACAAAUUUCUACAGAGGGCUUUGAAUCAAGUCGAGGCCGAGAAGCAAGCUGAAGCUGCCGCCGCUGCGAGCGGCGGCGGUGGAGGCGGCUCCGACGGUCCUGCAGCUGACGGCGGAGCUCCGGGAGGGAGGGGGUAUCGGACGGUCAAGGUUGCGCCGCCGAUGAUGGACCCGCCGUCGCCGAAGGUCUCCGGGUGUUGCGGAGUAUUCGGAAAGCCGGCGGCGUCGAAGCGGCCCAGAUCGAACCAGCGGAGAUCGAAGUAG